AUGUUGCUUCUAUCAAUAUUCUGCAUAGGUUUUGCCAAUGGUCUCACCACGAAAUCAAGAAUUGGCGAUGAUUCACAGGUUGGGCGAAUUGUGACAUUUGUCGUCGAAUCCAAAUUGACGUGCUUUUAUGAGCCAUUGGAUGCUGGAAUGAAUCUCGUCCUAUCAAUGAGGCCGACUUAUGCCACCAAUUUUCCAAUGCAAUUUCGGCUAACAUCGCCAAGCGGCGAUUUUAGCGACUGGGCGAAUGGGAACGAAGAAGCCGACAUGGAGCACAACGCCACCGAGACUGGCGACUAUGAGAUUUGCCUUUACUCGCCGAGGCCGAUCAAAGUGAAUUUGAUGAUCCAAUUCCAUGAUCCGGUGAAAGUCGAGAGUUCGAUUAAGAAAUAUGUCGAUGGUAAACAUUUAAGCGCUGAAAUUCAUAAUUCGGUGAUGACUUCAACAAAUUGCAUUUAUAAAAUUUAUUAUUCGCUCAAAUUUUAUAAUCAGAUGGUCGUUCGCGACGAGGCGCUUCAAAUCAAAAACUCCGAUUACAUUCAGAAUUAUAGCAUUGUUUUUUGCAUAUUCUCGAUUUUAAUCUCAUUAUCUCAGCGCGGCUCAUUUCUGAUUCGAAAAGAGGACAUCGACGACGACAGCGAUGAGAUCAAAUGCAUAUGGAGCGUCGAGAAUCAUUUUCUAAUCGUCAAAUGGGUUCCCGUCAAUGGCGGCUAUCAGGUCACGAAUCGCGUGCGUUUCAAUUUCGAUUUUGUCGAAAUUGUGUACAAUUUAUAUAAUAGCGAGCGACCGGAAAAAUAUUUGAUCAUCGACAGCCUCGACCAACACGAGCAUCGCGGGUUUAUCAAAAUCGCCAAAAUUUCGGCGAACGAUCGCAACAAUUUAUUCACAGCCCACUAG